AACCUCGGGCAUGCGCACACGCGGGAGCCCGACGCUUGGCGGUCUCCGGAAGUGCUUCGACCACCCGCGACGCGCAUGCGCACCGAGGAGUCGUGGCGGUGGGCCUAGCGGCGCGGCGAAAUCUUCGGGCUCGAGUGAGGCGCCAGGCUGGCCGGGGGUGCUGCCCCAGGUCUCGAGUGUGCUAAAGUCGCCCAGCCUUCACCAUGGACUUCCAGCACCGGCCCGGGGGCAAGACGGGGAGCGGGGGCGUGGCCUCCUCCUCCGAGAGCAAUCGGGACCGCCGGGAGCGGCUCCGGCAGCUGGCCCUGGAGACCAUUGACAUCAACAAGGACCCCUACUUCAUGAAGAACCACCUGGGCUCAUACGAGUGCAAGCUCUGUUUGACACUGCACAACAAUGAGGGCAGCUACCUGGCCCAUACGCAAGGCAAGAAACAUCAGACUAACUUGGCCCGGCGAGCGGCCAAGGAGGCCAAGGAGGCCCCCGCCCAGCCAGCGCCUGAGAAGGUCAAGGUGGAGGUGAAGAAGUUUGUAAAGAUUGGCCGCCCGGGGUACAAAGUGACUAAGCAGAGGGACACGGAGGUGGGCCAGCAGAGCCUACUGUUCCAGAUCGACUACCCCGAGAUCGCCGAGGGCAUCACGCCACGGCACCGCUUCAUGUCGGCCUACGAGCAGAGGAUUGAGCCCCCGGACCGGCGCUGGCAGUACCUGCUCAUGGCCGCCGAGCCCUAUGAGACCAUCGCCUUCAAGGUGCCGAGCAGAGAGAUCGACAAGGCCGAGGGCAAGUUCUGGACCCACUGGAACAGGGAGACCAAGCAGUUCUUCCUGCAGUUCCACUUCAAGAUGGAGAAGCCGCCGGCCCCGCCCAGCCUCCCUGCUGGGCCCCCCGGAGUGAAGCGGCCCCCGCCCCCGCUGAUGAAUGGUCUGCCCCCUCGCCCCCCACUCCCCGAGUCUCUGCCCCCACCCCCACCUGGAGGCCUGCCCCUACCCCCCAUGCCACCUGCAGGGCCUGCACCUUCAGGACCUCCUGGGCCCCCCCAGCUGCCCCCACCAGCGCCUGGCGUCCACCCUCCAGCCCCAGGGGUCCACCCACCCCCUGCCCCUGGGGUACACCCUCCAGCCCCAGGUGUACACCCGCCAGCCCCAGUGGUCCACCCCCCAACAUCUGGGGUCCACCCCCCAGCUCCUGGGGUCCAUCCCCCAGCUCCUGGGGUCCAUCCUCCAGCACCUGGCGUCCACCCUCCAGCACCUGGCGUCCACCCGCCUGCCCCUGGGGUGCACCCACCCCCAGCCGCAGGGGUGCACCCCCCGGCCCCAGGCGUCCACCCACCGGCCCCUGCAGUUCACCCCCAGGCCCCCGGUGUCCAUCCCCCGGCCCCCGGGAUCCACCCACAGCCUCCUGGGGUUCAUCCUGCAGCUGCUGGAGUCCACCCCCAGCCCCCUGGCGUCCACCCCUCCAAUCCUGGGGUGCACCCUCCGACCCCUAUGCCCCCAAUGCUGCGGCCCCCUCUCCCCGCCGAAGGGCCGGGCAACAUUCCUCCCCCUCCUCCAGCCAACUGAAAAGCUGCAGGCCCCAGGUAUCUUGUCAGGCCCUCACCCUGCCUGGCACCCCGUUUGUACUGCUCCAGGU